GCCAGGUGAUGAUCCGGUCCCCUAAAUAGACCUAAGGCUUCUAUGAUGUUGUCGAGGUUAGAUACCAGACACGAAAAUCAUCGAUUUCCGAAGCCAAAUUUGGGACGGAAAACAAGGGUUAAAUGCUGGAUGCUUUCUGCCGCUUAAGAGCAUUAACUUGUGUAGCACGCAAUGAGGCCUGCCAACAUUAGCAGAGUCAGAGACAGUUGCAGUCAGCAUGAUGAUUGACUGAGACUGGCAAAAUAUGCCACAGUCUGACAGUCGUGGAAGUGGCAGUGAUCAGAAAGGAUGAAACGUCAACACCAGGAUACACGACUGUGGCAGUUAUUUGUGACUCAUCUUUUCUCACUGCGAUCAACUACAUGUAGUUCACCAAAAUGGCACUGAAUCACAGGGAUAACUCAAGGGCUCGCAGUCUGUCCUCCAGCUCUGCGUCAAGCUAUCACAGCCUCGACCGAGGAUCUUCCUUGACUUCAGAGAUUAUGCCCAUCGGACAGUACAAUUCCAAAAAGGCCAAGCUUUGUGCCUCGAUACGAUGGCUGGUCUCCAAGGCCUACAGUAGCUCUACGAUCCCCCCAGACAUCAGAAACCCCUUCUUCAAAGACAAAGAGGGUGAGGACCAUCUCCGUCCUGCUGUUAUCUACCAACUGUCAUCAGGGGAGCUCUACAGUCGCGCCUGUGCCAACAUCUUCCCUCCAUCCCUGCACCAGUGGCAGGGCCACUGGAGCGUCAUCCAGGGACUGUCACGGCGCGGGAUCUACGUGGUGGAUGACCGGAGACAGCCGGUCACCGAGGCCGUUCUGACCCAGACGCAGCGCAUCAAAUUGAAUGCCCACCUUGCUGUUAUGGAUUCCAUAAUGACUGCCUACACAGGAGAAGUGGUUAGCAUUGAGAAGAUUGUACAAGCUGUCAGACGGAUCACGACCUUCAAUGCUUCCAGCGAGCUGCCCUUUGACCUGGAGAACGCCCUGGUGUUCUGGGUCAACAAGGUCUGUGUGGCGGCACGGCACCGCAUGGAGCGGGAACGGCGGAGCCAGCAGGAGCAAGCCAUGCAGACACAAGCGCAGAAGGUUCGGAUCAAGCGACAGCACCUACAACUCAAAGAAAUGCCCGGUGUCCCCAUCAUCAAGAACGUCACCAAGGACAUAUCAGACGGCCGCAGUCUGUGCCUCCUGAUACACUACUACUGCCCUCAGCAUUUUUCAUUGGAUGAUGUGGACCUUCAUGAUACCAUGUCCUUUGCCGAUUCAGUCAACAAUCUCCAGCAGGUGGAGAACUUCCUGGAGCAGCACCUGCCCGAGACCCACCACUUCACCUUUGAAGACCUGCUCUACUCCCCCGAGGCCCUGCGGGUCAACAUCCUGGCCCUGACCGCUGAGCUCUUCUACUGGUUUGAGGUGGCCCGGCCGCCGCGGCUGGGCUUCAGUCAGGAGCUAGGUCAAAAGUUUCCUGUAACCCCUGAAUCUGGAAGAUCCCGGGUACAGCAGCUGCCCCCGCUCCCCAUCAGCUCGGCGACGAAGAAGAGUUUCCACGGCGAUGCACCAUCUCCAAGGUCAGAGCUGAGGAGUGCGGCGAGCAACCCCGAGGUCAACAGGAUCACAUCUGCCAGCCCUCAGAGGACCCAGUCUCUACUGGUUCACAGGGAGAGGAAGCCCCGCAAUGCCCUGCACGCCGAACAGGGGGAAGACGGUCCCUCCAACCUGAGGCGGGCCAGUUCCCUGGAGAACAUGGAGGCCAGAGAGUCCUUCCUGGCCUGGCAGAGCCGGGAGGAAGCCAGGGACAGGUCACAGACAUUUGGAACUCCCAGCCCGGGCAGUGCUCCGGCGUCAACUGUGCGAGACAGCAACACCAACAACCUCCUUGCCAAGGUCAGCAUCGACAGCGACAUGAACGAUAGCCACAACUUCUCCGAGCUUGGUGGCAUGCCCAACCUGAAUGGUCAGCUGUCCAAGGAAGGGAAUGACAGUGGAGAGGGACUGAUGUCCUCAUCCGCGCACUUUGAAAACGAAGAUGACCUUGAGGUGGAGAGCUUGACUUCAGCCCUAUCGCGGAUCUCACAGCAAACUGAAAAACCAGUCUCGUGUAGUUACAGCGAGGAGGUGCAACUCCCGAGUAGAUCGCCUGGAGGUGAAAAUGGAAUCUCAGCAGAUCAAGAGCUGACAAAUGUGACUCCUCUCAGUAGUAUGUCAUCAAGGCCGAGCCAGUCUCUGAACUCAGAGACUGGCCGAAUGGACCUAUUAGACCAAACCCGCGACAGAAUUGGACAGUCGAGGACAAAUGGCAGUGGAGAGUUUGGACACCCGGAAGCGAUUGAGCCCGAAACAGACAUGAGAGCUGUGACACAGUCCCGGAGACGUCUGAAGCUUGACAUUGAGCCGGUGGACACAAAGCAGACAGAGAGGCUCCUCCCGGCAGUCGUUAGGCCACUCAAGGAGAAAUCCCGCAAUGUGAACAAGAAAGAGGAGAGUGGGGAGGGCCGUAGGAUUGCCCGCAACCCACGAGAGGACAGAUCUGGGAGGUCGCCUAACCCAAAUGGCAGCAACAUGACAACGUGGUCACGGAAGCAAAGUGCCGGUGGAGAUGGUGAGUCCCCGGAGAGUAUUGAUGCUACGACACCACUUAGCGGUGAGAGCAUAGCUGAUUCCCUAGCUGGGGAUGGUGCACUACAGCUGCAGCAGCAGCACCGCCUGGCCUGGCAGAAGCCAAGACCCGGCGUAGCACAGCACCAGGCCGACCCCACUUCUUACACCACUUCUCACCUCUGCCAACCGGAAGAGCCGCAUGUGGCCCACGCCAGGCAUGGCGAGGCUUUCUUCAUCCACUCUCAUGCACAGCCUGAGCAGUCUGUAGGAAAUAGUUCUCUUAGUAGGACUGGCACCGGUAGUAGCUUUACUAUUGCUGAUAAGAAGUACACUGUGGCCAGCGCCCUGGAGGCUGGUAUACCCGUCGUUUCUUCUCUGGUUGACCUGCAGGACAGCGAGGAGCCAGCAUCCUAUGACAACCGAGCCAGCCCCCGCCACCCUUCUGCUCACCCUAGCUUGCAUGCUGCACCCUCUCAUAGUCCUGUUUCUGCUUGGCACCCUACAGAAAUUCUGUCUGGCAACCCGCACCCAAACCCUUCCCCUAACCUGCAUGCCCAGCCUAACCCGCAUGUCCGGCCCAACCCACAUGCCCAGCCCAAUCCGCAUGCCCGGCCAAAUCUGCCCCCGCAUGAAACCGCUAUCAAUCGUAAUGCUGGGCAUUCAGGUGAUGACAGGCCAGGCCUGACGCAUGCGGAGUCCCCCCAGGGACAUUCUAACACAGGUAUGGACACAGGUAGUCAUAACACCCCUAGCAGUCAUCCCCAAAGCCCGGAGAAAGAGUCCUCUAAGUUGCAUGCGGAGCUGAUCCAAAGAGAGUCUACCGCUGACCCACGGAAACCUGUACUAAUGACAUUUAACUCCAACCUCAGCCCCGACGAAAAGUCAUCGCUGAAGCAGUUCAUUAUUCCACCUACCUCUACCCAAGUCAUUAGCUCUGACCAAGACAGUGACCUUGACCACAAACCAAGCUCAUCCAGUUUGACAACCUCUCAGGAACACAAAGAUCUAAAAGGAUGUGAGAAAUUAGAAGCAGAAUUGGCACACAAAACCCAUCCCAUGGAUACAGAACGAACAGACAUAGAAUCCAGCCCCAAGUUGGCAAUAGACCCUGACAGUUCAUCAUUAAUCAUGCACUCCAACCCCUAUUUAAGCCCUCCUACUACUCAGCCCACCAUGGUAGAUCAUUCCUGCAUACCACUCGAGUCGACCAGUAGCUAUCCCGAAAGCCAGGUGCUUACCACCUGGGGUGCUAACUCCAAACAAACUCCUUUGUCUGGCAUUAUUAACACAGGUGGCGGGAACUUGACCCAGUCCGGAAGCUUAGCGGCAGGUGAUCUAGCUCAAAUCCGGUCACGCUUAGAAGAGAAGCGUCGCCUCAUGGACUCGGACAAACGCAAGCUGGAGCGUCAUUGGAGCAAGCAGAGGCAGCGCAUGGGGAAGGCUGCCUUCCUCCAGGUCCUGGCCAAUCAGAAGCGGGUGAAGGACCCUGUGGCAGGUGACCAACCUGUCGGAACGGAAGACGACCGGUCAAUGAUUGGUGAGAAGACGAGAUCACAGGAUGUUUACUCCCGGGAGGAGCUGGAGCGGUCCAUCGAGAAGUCCCGGACACAGUGGGCAAGCAAUCAGGCCCAGCAAGAAGGCAAGAUUACCUUUGCAGAUCUUGGCUCCAGCAAGGAGAAGCAGCUGUCCAACUGGAGUGUUGCUGACAGUCCCCGAUCACAGCGGCCCACAGCAUCAAGCCAGUUAGCAGACAGGCCAGAGUCACCCCCAGGCAUCUCGGAGGUUGCAGCUGGCAAGGGGAGCCCGGGUUCCAGCUCUGGGUCGCAUUCCCCACACAUGACGUCAGACGAGUACAAUACUUCCCUGGAGAAGCUCAACGCCAAUUUGUCCCAGCUACAGAACGAGAUCCAACGACUGUCACUGCAGCAGGAGCAGAUGCGGAGUGUCAUGGAAUCCCCACGUCCCCCCAGUGAGCGCAGCCAGUCGCCCCAGCAUGCCCCACCCGCAGACAGCAAACCUUUUAUCUUGCAUGCUGGGAGUGACCCACCUGCCACAUCACAAGGAUUCUUCCUGAGCUCAGACACAAACAAAGAACCAGAAUCUUUUGUUCUACAUGAGAACCCAGUCUACGAAAUGUCCGGGGCGGACAUGCAAAUGCACAGCCCCCGUCCCGUUGGCCCCGUGCAGAAACUGGCCCCGGAAGUUGGACAGGGUUCCAUCACCAGACCUGUUGAGCAGCCCAAAAUUCCGAAAUCGCCAUACCCAGCCAAUCAAGUCCCGUCCUCGUCACCAGACAACACAUACAUCAUUCCCCCUGCGCAGACUCCUGUCAAAAACAUUGUCUCCGAGACGCCCAAGAACGAAGUGCCACAGAAUAUCACCCAUGUCGUGGCGUCCACGCCAGCCAAUGAGCCACCACGCAAUGCAGACGCUCUGGCCAACCAGCACCAACCGCCGCUACCCACAGUCGCGAGUCUGUCCAAUCACAUGGCUCAAAUGUCCAAUAAAGAGCAGUCACUGGCCAGUCCUGUUGAAGCCGUCGAGGUUGUGAAAAGACCAAAGAAAAAUCGUGAGGCCACAUCACCAACUCGGAAAAAGCGUAGCUCAUUGUAUGAGAUUGUCGGUGAGGGCGAGGAUGACGAUGAAAACCUAAGUGAGGAUGAACACUUGGUAGUGCGCCCCCUAGAUUCGACAGGAAAUUCUUCAUUAGAUGCAAAAACGAAAGCAAAGGGAUUUGUUAUUGCUUCAGAAACAGACCAGUUGGAUGAGGUAGAGAGAAGGAAGAUGCUGUUCCUCCAGAAUCGCCUUAAGAAGCAAGAGGAGGAAAAAGCCAAGAGAGCGUCACGGGAGGCCGACAUGGAGAAGAAGAGAGAGCAGAACAGGCGGAAACAAGAAGAGAUGGAAGCCAAGAAGGCAGAAGAGAGAGCACGUCGGGAGCAGAUUAGGUUGGAGUACCAGAGACGCAAACUCCAAGAACAACAGCAGGAGAACGAACCAGCCCCAGCAAGGCGGGCCAAGCCCACCAAGCCCCGCCCUAAAUCGACCGUAGUGGAAGACCAAACAGACUUCGGUCGGCCUGCAACAAGUCGCUAUGCUCCGGACAGGGACCUGGACAAUUACAGUGCCCCGAAGAAAUCCUUCACGGUGAGUGCGCCCUCGAGUGGCGGUGGCAGCGGCGCUGAGAGUCAGGUCAAAGUGCCCCCCGUUGACGGCCCCGAGCAGGCCGCUGAGAAACCUGGGCCGCCUGCAUCGCCCAAGCAGCAGGGGGUCUGCCCAGAAGCGAGCGAGGCUGCCACACCCGCAAAAUCCCCCGCCACAGAAUCCAAAACCGAAAACAAACUGGCCGAACGGCCACUGGUUGCAAAGCAACCGCCAGUUGCAAAGCAGCAACCCUCCCCCCAGUCCCCCAAGGCCAAGGAGCCUCCAUGCCUCACCCCUCCUCUCCAGAAGGAAAACCAGCUGCAGGUCAAAGGUCAACUGGAGGAGGUCGCCGGUGGGUCAAGCGCGGCCAGUGUGGUGUCGCAGGACAGCAACGGCUCUGGCGGGGGAGGUGGUCACACCACUCCGGAAUACCAGGGUCCAAAGCUGUACGUCAAGCCCACCAGUAAGUCCAACCGCCACAUCAUAACCAACGCCAUAUCGCACUGCGUCCUGGCUGGCACGGUCAACAGGGAACAGAAAGACAAAGUGCUUGAGGAGUUGGCCAAGGCUGAGGCCAAACAUUUCAUCAUCCUGUUCCGUGACUCCCAGCUCCAGUUUCGCUCCCUCUACGGCUACUCCCCGGAUUCAGAGGAGCUCACUAAGCUCUACGGUGUCGGGCCGAGGCACAUCACGCACAAGAUGUAUGAGAACCUGUACAAGUACAAUUCCGGUAGCAAACAGUUUAGCAAGAUUCCUUCCAAGACCAUGUCAGUGUCGGUGGAUGGGCUGACUAUCGGUGCCUCCUAUUGGCUGAGUAAAAAAGGCCCUAGCAAGAAGAAAUGAAGGAAGAACUUAGCACCUAGCCUAAGCCCCCUGGGUAUUAGGAGAGAAGGACACGCAUCGUUUCUUGAAGUCAUACUUCCCCUCUCCCUGCCUAAAGACUUCUGAAUAGCAGCAUAACACUGUGUCAAUUCUGCUUCACCUCCAAGUUAAUAUUGGAUGUCCAUAGAGCAGUGCUUGAUAUCCAAAUGUAAAACCUCUGCAUGUGAACCAAUGAGAAGUCAGUACCCUUCACUCGUUCAUUGUGGAGAUGCAUACUGCCCUCUAUGGUUUCUUUGCAGAGCUUAUAGCACUUACAAGUUGUUCCCAUGCAUUGGCCCCUCUUCCAAGUUUUCUCACAGGUUAAAGUGUGCCAAAAAAGUAUACAGAAAGAUGGCCGUUUACCGGGAUGCAAUAGAAUUGGUCAUUUUAUCAGCAAGAGUGGCAUGUUGGAAAUUAAAAAAAAAAGGAAACUGCAAAGAAGCUAUUAAAGUGAUUUCUUGGUUUUUAAAAUUGUUUUCCUGGACGGAUUUUUUUUCCACUGGUACACACACAUUCUUUCAAGUGCCGUAUAGUAUAUAAACUGAAUAACAUCUAUUAACCACAUUAUAUUGUAUUUAAACAUUAUACUACGCGUACAUAUUACAGUCAGUGCAAUGUUAUAUCUGUGUGAUAACUGUCAGUUGGUAUUGUGGAAAGUGGUUGGAUGGUGGUUGAAAAAGUUAUGUAUUAUCAAUUCUGCUAUCAAGAGUCCUGCUAUGGACACGGUGCAUUGUUUGUUAAAAACUUGAAAUACUUUGCCAAAUAACAUAUAGCUAAACAGAGCAGUUGUAAGCCACUAUUUACCUACUGUUAUAAGACUCAGAAUAUAGCAUGGGUGGCAUUGUUCAGCUAAAACAAAAUAUUUUGGGGUGCUUUACGGGACUCAGUUGGUAUUUUUUAGAGGCAUUUCUCAGGUAGGUGCCUUCUUUGCCUUUCUGGUCGUUUUGGUGUUUGAGGAAACCAAACACUGUACAAGUCUCCAAGUAGCAGCAAAAUUCUUCAGUUAGGUUGCCAAACAUUACAUGUAACUCCUAAUCGGGAUAUUUGGUCGAGUAAUUAAUAUGAAUACCAUUGGAUUUGUUCAGCAUCUCUUCCAUGGGUGGAACUUAAAACCCUUCAAAUAGAGAACGAGAUUGCAUGUGUUCCUGAGCAAGAUACUUGACCACAAUUUGCUUUUGUCAACCCAGGGCUAUACUACUGCAAAGGGUCAAGUGAGUUGUUUAAUAUAAGAAACUAUCAUGGCAAAUGAAUAUAUGCAGCAUGACACAAGGUUGAUUUUUAUAGUGUGGCACCAUUUGAAGAUUUAAGUUCAUACCAGCCAAUAAAACUAGAGAUCUACAUUACGUCAUAGUGUGUGCAGGUUGCAUGUAUGUAGCAAUGAGAGUAUCAUACAUGCAUGCAAAUUCAGUGGACAAAAAAAGGAUCCCGAAUUGAUUGCAGAGAAUAACAUCACUCUGGAAAAUUGAGUUAGUUUCCCUUUCCGCUAUUUUAAUGGCAGAUGUCACAUCAUUGAAGCAAAGAAUACAAUCAUUUCAGUCCUAAUCCAUUUUUCCUUAUACAUGUAAUCCCCGCCAUUGUACAAACCCCUGAUAUCUGAACAUUUCAGCAUUAUUUAUUGCUUUAAAAUAAUUUAUUUUACUUUUUGGCAGUUUGUUAACAGAGGUGAAUGAGCUGAUUAAUAUUUAUAAAUUUACUUAAGAAUGCAUUAUAACAGAAUAAAACUUUUGUGAGCUUUUACAAAUCAAAAGCCUUUUAUCUUAAAAAUCAACAAAGUUGAAGGAGUAUCAGUGCUUGAUGUUAUCAUUGAAUCUUUCAGAGUCCAACACCAGCAUGAACCAAUUUGCUGAGCAGUGGAAAUAUUGUCUUAGCAAAAGCAGGUUACUAGCCAAAACUUCAUGUAGGGUACAGAUAUUGUUUCGAAUUAGUUCCCAGCUGAAUUUUGCUUAGCACGUAUUUCUGCCUGGUAGCUCUGCAACAUUUGUACCAUGUCCAGUUUACAUUGUGCUAUAAGCAGGAAAAAUCCUUGCCUAGCAAAUGUCUUUUUUUUCUGGAGAUCAAACAUCAGCCCCAAUUGAAGAUUGCAUAUUAAACAGUUUGGCCAGUUGCUAAUCUUUGCUUAGCAAUUUUUUAGGUAUUUAGCAGAUCUUUGUACUUGCUAUGGGAAAUCCCCCUUGACUUGAUAGGAUUUUGAUUGCUGCAGGACUGGCAAGCCCAGCAACUGUUAUUUCAUAUUAGAUGUUCAAAGUAAGAAACAAGUAUCCCUGCAAACCUUUCAUAAGUCUAUCACAAGUCAUCCAGUCUCUAUUUAUGUUACAUGCUAUUCAAAUCAAGUCGUCACCGUUUUCACAAAGAGACACUUUGGCUCAAAAUCAUGACUUUUUCAAAGGUCUGUUUUUUGGCAAUAUUUAAUAGGCUCUGCGGUGCCAACAACUUGGGUGUAAUCAUUUUUACCAAAUCUACUGAAAUCAGCCAAAUCAUGAAUAUUUACCCGGGAAAAUUUCAACUAAACCACAUUUUGCGUGUUCACACAGGUGAAUUUUUUCUUCCAUAGAUAUAGUGUUAGCAAUAAAGGCCAAAGUCAUGGGUAAACUUGUUUUGCCAUUUUCAUGAAGAGGCAAAUUUGAUGCCAGCAAUGUAUACAAAUUCAAUAAUUUCUCACUUGCCAUGUGCUAUAGCAAAAUUGCACACAUUUUCACGAAUAGUUAAAAGUCGCCUGAAUUUUAGUGUUCUCAUGAAGAGGCAAAUUUGUUUACUAAAUAAACAAUUCUUAUUGACUUCUAUAAUAUUUGGCAGUUACGUCAUUUAAGAUACCCCGUCAUGCAGCAGCAUUGGUCAAAGGCAAAGUCAAAGGCGUGAUAAAUACAGGGGAAAUAAGCAUCUGAAAGAGUAUCAACUUAAGAUGCAAUUUUCUUGAAACCUAGAUUUUACUCUCCAGUAAGAAAUUUGUGUUUUUGUGAAAACGGUGAUGAAGUGUGACAUGCAUUCCAUUGUCAUGGACUGUCAUCCUGUUACUUGACUGGACUUGUGAAGGACCUUGUGAUUGGACUUGUGCAUACAGCCUGUGUUGGACUUCAUUACAUUGCUGGUUCCCUGCAUGGAGUUGGCAUUUGGAGGACUUGGGCAAGUGACCAGCUAUUAAACUUCCUACUGACAAACUCUUGUGGGGACAACAUAUUAAAAAAUUCUACAAACCUAGUAGUUUGGUUGGGUCGUAGGAUAGACUUGUUCUAGUUCGUUGAAUUUCCAGAUUGAAAAUCAUCAGAAUGUUAAGUGUUUAAAGUCCAUUCCUUUUGACUAAAGAGUAUAAAUUCAUGCAUUUUAAUUCCUACUUCAAAGACCUUUCAACAAAGUUCUGAUUGCUUCUUCAAAAAAAUCUGUUCCUUUUCUCCUACAAAGCUAGAAAGAGAUAUGUGUGUACAAAAUCAUAGGCUGUCUACCCCAGUUUGCAGAGACUGUGGUUGACAAGUUGUUGAAAAUUAUAAGAGUGUUUAUCUAAAUUGCAAGAUAAAUUCAAAAUUUAAAGCAAAUACUUUUCCUCAUUGAAGUUAAAUGAUUUUUUUGUUCAGGGUUUGAUUUUUUAAAAAGGCAUUUGUAUAUAAUGCAAGCAAAUUACGGCAAAACUUGUAGAGAUGUGUAGGUGACAGAAUAAAAGAAAAUGUGGUAUUUGUCAGCUUUACACUUUGCUUCUCUGUAUAUAAUUUGUUAACGGCUUGGCCAAAUAAAAGUCUGUGAUAUUAUUCA